AUGGCUCUGCUGAAGGUUCUGCUGCUGCUGCUGGGCGUCUCAGUGAACUCAGAUGUUUCUCUGCAGAAGAGAAUCAUUGGCGUUCAUGACUGUGACGACACGGAGCGCCUUUAUCAUGUUCGCCUGCAGCGCAGCAAAGGUACAGAGACGUUCCGCUGUGGAGGAUCUCUGAUCCACUCUGAGUGGAUCCUGACUGCAGCUCACUGCUGGAAGUCGGAGCCAGGCUGGACUAACGUAGCGAUGUUAAAAGUUCAUCCACGGUCUGCUGGGCAGCAGGAUCAAGUAAUCCGUCACGAUCCUGUGUACACUCGCCACGGCCAGCGGCAUGACAUCAUGUUGCUGAAGCUGCAGACACCGGUAACAGAUGUCCCACCUGCUCAGCUACCAAGAUGCAAUAAUCGUCUUAAAAAAGACGAUGUUGUUCAGCUGGCAGGAGAGGGAGCAACGACCACCGGCCCCAAUAAUCAGCGAUUAACCAGACUUCCUCCUGUUCCAUCACAUCUUCAGUGUGUCGACAUGAAAGUUGAUGCUGUUUCCCGCUUCAUGCCGAGACAUGGGCAUGUAUUUCUUACUUCAGCACCGAACAAGGAUGCAUGUCUUGGCGACUCUGGUGGAGCAGUGGUGUACGACAACAUGAUUUAUGGUGUAAUUUGUUUAGGCGGAAGCGCUCCAUGUCAGAAACCAACUGUAAUCAUAGAUGUGUGUCAAUACAUGGACUGGAUAAAACAAACAACUGGCCUUAAAUAA